AUGUCUUGGGCAGUGCCGCACUGCCACUCGGCAUGGCUGGCUUUAUUCUUUAUUGGUUGGUUGGUUGGUUGGUUGGUAGGGUACCUGUACCUGCUCUCAGUCGUCCGUUUCUCCAUGCAUGAUAAGGAAUCCCCCCCGACCUUGUCAGGAAAAAGUCCCGUCACCUGCCUGCCUGCGUUGCCUGACCGCGCUAGCCCGAGCGCGCCGAAUGGCUGGCUCGGUUUCGUGCACCUGGCGACUGUCGUGGUGGGUGUCAAGCGAGGCCAUGACAUACCCGACAGUUUGUAG